AUGGGCUGGGUGGAAAAGCUGACUCCCAGUGCCAUGCAAGCAGCCCCAAAACCACUCUGUGAGAGCUGUGCCAAGAAGGCACAGGACAAGGAGAAAGCAGAGAAAGUGGAGAAAGUGGAGAAAGCUGAAGUGGAAGAGGUGAUGGAGGUUGACGAGUGGGGCUUCCAAAUGGCUAUGGAUCAGGUGACUGAAGCUGCGUGUCCUGAAGAUGCUACAGCAGUUCUCGAGGCACUGCUGAAAUCGAAGCCUUGCGAAGACUUCCUGAAGGCCGGCCAUUGGAAGAACAAGUUGGAAGAAUUGGUGAAGGAGGAGAUGAGCAAUCCUGAACAAGCUGCACGUCGGGCGGAACUGGUGGCAAGCCUGGCCCAAAUGUGGCGCAGGGUGUUGGAUCCAUCAGCUGCGACAGCGCACAGCGAGACGACCAGGCAAUGUGCAUCACCAGAAGCAGAUGUCGUUGAGCCAAAUGCUUCCCCAAGUGCAGGUGACCAACCAGCUGGUAGUGAGACAGGAAACAAAGAGGAAGCUGAAGAUCAAUCAGCAAAUGGAAAGCAAAGCGCUCCACCAAGCGCCAGUAAGGGUUACCUCUGGGAGUUGCUCCAAAAAGCCCGACAAAAAACCAAAGACAAGAUUGCAGCUGCUUUGCCGUUGACGCGGCAUAAGCCAAGUGAGGCUCGGAACGAUCCCAAAGUGUGGAGCCUGGACGAAUGGAGUGAGAGAUUAGUCGACCUUGGUUUCAAGUCGUGUCUACAGACAAAGCCCUUGAGAUUUCCUGUUGGCACAGCAGUCAUGGCCAAGACCGGUGCUGGUCCCCAUGACUGGGAGAGAGGUGUGGUGGUGCGGCAAUGGGAUGAGUGCAACGCCUACCGGCUGAAGCUGCAAGGUGGCGAUGAAGUGCAUGCGCCCAUGGAUAUGGACUGCUUUGUGGCAAAGGCAUGGGCCAUUCCGAUUUUCUUGCCUGUGAUGAUGACCAUGGCUUGCGAUGCUCAGAAGAAGGUGACUGCAGCGGCCCUGGCCACCAUUGGAGAGGGUCGGCCUGCUACAGAAGACGGCGGCAGCGAUGUGGAGGGCAGUUUGUCCGAUGUGGAGGAUGAGGAUAGUGGCGAGGAAGACAAGACCAAGGAGAACAUGUUGCACGCGAUCACUUCAGGUCAGAAAGUCCAGCGCUUCUCCACGAUGCAGAUGAUGCUGAAGGAGGAACCCGAAAGCAACAAGAUCAGUGGCUCGGUGGCGGUCGAAGCAUUUGGGGCUGAGGCAAAUUGUGGUGUUGCUGGAUAUCCUGGAGUCCUGGAACCCAGGAGCUCCUUGAAAGACCAAGGUAGUCUGCACAAGCACGAGAAGGAAUUGAAGAAGCUGGUGGAGAGCUGCGCGCACAGCUUAGCCAUCGUCACCGAGAAGGAACGUCGUCUCAGCAUCCUCGAGGAUCGGGUGCAGAAGGGCAUCGUACAUUUGAAUGAGAUCCUGCAUGGGCCGGUGCCCAAAACUUCCGAGGACGAUCGCCCCUUGACUGUGAGGAUGGCUGCCAACAGCGAGCUUCGGGCCGCCUUGCGGGCUAUGAUGGUGGAAGUGAGGCCAUACGGCUUAGCCGAGGAAGUCACUGCAAAAGCUGAACUGCUGCAGCGUGUUUUGGAUGGUCAAUUUGAGCUUCAGAGUUCUGGCCAGACAGUUGUGGUCGGAGACCAAGUCGUCGAAUUGGAUUUCCUUUGUGCAAAGAUAGAGGAAGAUGACGUUGAACAUGUUCUUCAGACAUUGCACCGUGAAAGGACCAUCGACGUUUCGGUUGUGAAGACCAGCACGUUCGGCAAGAUCGACAUACAGUGCUACAUGAAGCAGUUGCUCCAAGUGCUUGAUGCGUUGCACCUUCGCGAAAUCGUUCAUUGCAACAUCAAACGAGAGAACGUGCUUUAUUCCGAUGGGAAGUUGACUUUGAUUGAUUUUGAGUCGGCUGUGAAUGAGCACGAGCUUGUGGAUAUGGGGAGUUCAGAGUAUGCUUGGAAUGGACGGAAUAUGCAAGAUGCAUUGGAUGGUUUGCGCCAGUAUGGCAAUCUCAAGGGCACCAAGUUUCACAAGCAUGGCGCUGAUCUUGUGAAGCAUAUGACCUUGUGGAGCCGCUUCAAGCGAGCACGUGCGUGGGAGGCUCUGCAGCACAGUUUUUUCCAUGUAGAUCCUGAAGACCAAGAGACGGUGCCUGAGUUCGCAACGAUGCAACAACGGCCCAUUCAGACCCUGGAUGAAUUGGAAGAGGUUGUUGAUCACAAUGAUGACUACCUCUUUGACCCACACCGUGAUCUCUAUCACUAUGAACAGCCAACAUUCAGAUCAUUCAUCGGGGAAGGGGUACCAAGCUGGAUUGCUAACGAGCCAAUGGAUUCCGAAGACAUGUAUUGGUAUGGCAAAGAAGGAAUGGAAUACAUCUACAGUGGGGCGCACAGGAACUUCCACUGA